AUGAAAGAUGCAGAUAUUUUGAACCAGUAUGAAAUGAACAUGGCUGAUGGAAAUAUAACACCUGACGUUCUAGAACAUUUAUCUCAAAGAACUACACAGAACCAUAGAGAUGGUAUAUUUGGUGAAGAGUUUAGAAAGAAAGUUAUGGACAGAGAAGGAAGAGAACCUAUUGUACAUGACCUUGCAAACGAAAGUUUACAAAAUGUCAUAAAAACUUACUUUGCAGACAAUGAACCGAGAAGGGAUGAAUAUUUAAGAAAACUCAAAUGGACAGUACCAAAUGAAAUGUUAGUAUUGAAAAACAUGUUCCUUGACAAAAUAAAACCAACUACAGAAAUAAAUGACGCAAGACUGAAAGAUUGGGUAAAAGCUUUCCCAUUCACAAAAGAUAUAGUUGGUAACAUGGAAAGAAAACCAGAAUGGCUACAAAAACAUAUAUUUGGAAACGAGCUUAUUCCAUAUGGACAAGCUCUGUUUGAAGAGCUUGAACCGGAAACUCAGGAAAGAGUCAUGCAAACAAUACGCGAAGACUCAAAUACAGACUAUGACAAACUCUUUCUAGGAUAUAGGUUACCUGAGAUGGGCGACCAGAGCCAAAAGGCAAAAAGGACAUGGGAAAUUUGCAACAUACUAGAUGAACAUAAUGCAAAGAUGCAACAACUUCAAGCAGAGGGCAAUGAAGGAAAAAGAAGAGUUAAAAACUCAGUCAGGAAGAAAGUAAAGCUUGGUCGGAGUGGGUUCUAUUAUGACAUAUAA